UGGAGAUAUCUCAUUUAAAACUUGCAACAGCUUUCGGGGAAGGGACUGUCAUUAUACCCAUGUUAGAGGUGGUGAUACUGAGGUUCAAAGAGGUUCAGCUCCGAAAUCAUGAGACCAGGAUUUGCAGCCUAGUUCAGCUGGCUGCACGAGUACAAUCUAACCAUUUGGCAACCCUGCCUUUAGGCUAGUCUGGCUUCAGAGGGACACAGGUAUGUAUUUAUUUUUAUUUAACAAACAAUUGUUUAGUGUUUACCGUGUGCUAGGGACAUGGUAAUUGCUUUACAAACAUUAGAUCAUUUAAUCUUCAUAGGCAACCCUGUGAGAAGGUACUAUUAUUAAUACCAUGUAACCGAUGAGAAAAUGGAGGGACAGGGAGGUUAAGUCACUGGCCUGGGGUUAGAUAGCUUAACAUGUGACAGAGCCAGAGUUAUAAUCCAGAUGGAUGCGUUCGGGGGUCUGGCUUGUAACCUUGACACUCUGCUGGAUAGCAUACUACCCCUCCCCCACCUCCUGUGCCUUGUCUACACAGCCCUGGCUCAGAAACACUGAAGACAUGGGACUCUUUUUUUAGUUUUAUAGAAGAUUUGUACUUUUUGAAGUAUUUUCCCCCAGUAAAGCCCUGUGUUCUGCUCCCAGGGGUCUUACAGGGUGGGGGAAGGGGCAAACACAAACCUCUGUCUUUCUAUAGCAAGGCUAGCCUAGAAGCAAGGUUGCCAAGUGGUUAGAGCAUAUCUGUGGUGCUAGUUGAACUCAGCUUUGAAUCCCGAUCUCAUGAUUUCAGAGCUAAACCUCUCUGAGACUCAGUAUCACCAUCUCUGCUGAGGGAGAGGGAAGCUUUCUCCCAAUACCUUCAUUUACACCAAUUUCCAGUGUUUUGCGAAGAGCCAGGUUUUCUCCAGAGCUAGGCACUGGGUGGCAAAGGGCUUUUGAAGUGUCACUUCUUUUCAUUCAACAGAGACUUCAGGAUAGCACCCUUCAAAGGCAGUCAGUUUGGGGUCACUAGGAGCAAAGAGAGUGCUCUUCCCUACCCGACUCGUGACACCUAGUCCCGUCUGUCCUUCCCUACCUCUUAUCCCUCCCUGUUACCCUGCCUGACUCCCCAGAGCCAGGCCUAGACAAUGGCGGCUGCUCAGCUCAGAGAAAGGGGGAGUGAAGAGGCAGCAGGCCCAACCCACCAGCUUGAAAGCUUCAUUUGACAGGGGAGGAGGCACAUCUGGUUUGGGUUUUCAAUUCAAUUCAACAAUGAUUUAUUGUGGGCCUGCCAGCUGCAGAGGUUCUGGGCUAGCUAGGCAGUGAGAGAUGCAAAGAUAAGUAAAAUAUUGUCUGUGCCCUUACCGUGUUUUCUAGGUUGUAGGGGUGUGUAGAUCCGAAUGGACCAUUUUAAUGCGAUGAGCCCCCUGCUGAAUGGUUUACCUUGCAUGCAUUAUGUAUUUGCACCUUCCCAACAGGUUCUCCGAUGGGGGUAGGUAAACUGUUAUCACUUCAUUUUACACAUGAGGAAACUGGGCUUCUCAGAGAAGAAGUGACUGGCUCAAGGUCACAUAGUUAAGAAGUGACCAAACCAGUCCCAGAACCUAGAUGUGUCUGGUUCCCAAGUCCCCACUCUUAACCAUUACAUUCCCCUGCUUCCCAGAGACUGUGAGGGUGAUAAUGACAAUUAACACUUUCUGAGCUCUGGAAGCCAAGUCUUGUGCUAAGUGGGCUGCAGAUAUUAUUUCAUUGGCAGUUUUUAACAUGCCAGCGAAGCUGGUGUUGUUAUCCCCUUUUGCAGAAGAGAAAACUGAUGUUGCCUGGGGAAGUGAUGGAGUUGGGAUUUGAAACUAGGUUAUACCAGCUCACCAGCCUUGAAGGGUGAGAUGGGGUUUUGAUAAGUAGAGUUGGGAGAGAGGGCCUCUCCGUCAGAAGGGAAAUUCUGAGCAAAGGACCCAAAAAGAUGGCUUGUAGAGCAUUUUGAUUGAGAGGCUGUAGGUUCAUCCAGCAUGCAGGCAGGGUACCCUGGGUGUAGAGGAGCAAAGGAAAGGAAAUUGGGGAUACCCCUGAGGGUCUGCCACAUUUUUUGUCAAGUUGAAGUUCAUAUUUUUUAAUUAAGAGCAGGUACUCCACCCAAAAGCCUUUUCAAAGGAUACUGUCAUGCAAAUCAUAAGCAAACACAAAUGAGACUCUCACUGUGUACGUACUACGGUGCUGAGAGCCGUGGUGAAUACAAAAGAAAACGACUCAAUUCCUCAAGUGUGUGUUGAGAGCCCCCAUGUGGCUGGGAAGACGAGAUACACACAUCGGGAAAAACAAGCAGACAGCGCAGCAUUUGUGGUCAGGGCCAAAUGAGUUUUCCCAUCUGUCGGAUUUCAAGGAACAUGAAGAUGGGGGUGGGUGGGAGGGGCUGCAAGAGGAGGCUUCACCAAGAAGGUGGGUUUGGGCUUUGAGGCAUGGAUGGAGAGGAAGGCAGGCACGCUUUAAGGCCAGGUGGGGUAACUGGUAUUGCUGGCUUGAAGUGCUCUGGAGAGGCCUCCCUUCCCCAAACUGCCACUGUCACCAUACCUGUCUUGAACUCUGGGAGUUGGUUAGGGAAGAUGGGAUUGUCUGUAGGGAAGACAGGCCAUGGGAGCUGGGAAACAGAGCUGGGUACCUGAUAUUCCUAUUCCUCCAAUUUUCUACACUUAGCCUCAAUUCCUGGCAGCUCCCCCAGCUGCUGAAUUGUAUGUGUAUGUGUGAGCGGUAUUUUAAAUUAAGCAGUGAGUGCUUUCAGCUCAUCAUAAACAUGCUAAAAAGCUUCAGCCACGGCCUGAGCCCACCCCCACCCCUUACACACAGGCAGCAGCUGGGGCCACUCGACCCCACACUCUAAUGUGCAGUGCCUAUGACUCACCAGCAGAAACGACUGCGUGUUUCAGUCUCCCUGGGUAGCUGAUUCCUAGUUGUGGUGGGAAAUCUCAGUCUGAUUUAGAAGGCAAAAGGCCUCAGCCCCGCCCUCCUGGCUGAGCAUUCUACAACAUAUGGAGCACCUACUAUGUGCAAGGCAUUGUGGCCCUUCAGAGACUUGAAGACAGUGUGUGACUCUCCCGUGAGUUAAGAGCACUAGCUGAGUCAGACAGACCCGAGUGACAAGCCCAGCUUCACUCCCUCUCAGCUGUGAGAGCCAAGAUUUUCUUGCUACCUGGGCUUCAGCAGGACCCCUAAUGUCAUCACUUUAGGGGCUCUCUCCACACUGUCCUGUGGCUGUGGCAGAUAUGUCAAUACCCAUACAUUCACGGCGACUGAACAAUACGAUGAGGGAGGAAAAUAUUGACCCUCAAAACAGGGGGACAACCUUCUCUAGACCAAUGCCAGAGACCAGAGCUGACGUCCAAAUCCUGCAUUCUCAUGCACAGUUGCCUAUAGUCUCAACUUCAGCCUCAAACCCUGGAGGGACUUCCACACAGUUGAUGACACCCUCAGGCUUUGACACUAUAUCUACACCUCUAAUGGAAGCACCAAACUCUGAAGCAGUGUCCACACCGCUAAUGCAAGAUUCAGACUCUGGGGCACUGUCCCCAUUGCUAACGCCAGCCUCAGACCCUGGGGAACUGUCCCCAUUGCUAAUGCCAGCCUCAGAUUCUGGGGCACUGUCCCCAUUGCUAACGCCAGCCUCCGAUUCAGAAACAUUAUCGCCAUUGCUGUCCACUUCAGAUUAUGGGUUAAUGUCUCCAGGGAUGAUGACAAUUGCUGACUUUGGAACCAUGUCUGCAGCAUUAAUGGCAGCUCCAGAUUCUGCAGAGCUAUCACCUUUGGAAAUGGCAGCUCCUUCCUCUGGAGCAAUGCCUACAUCUAUAAUGAGCACCUCAUCCUCUGAGGCAAUGUCCACACCGUUAAUGCUAGCCCCAGAUCCUGGAGAGAUAUCCCCACUCCUAAUGCCAGAUAUAAACUGUGGAGGGAUGUCCACACAGCCAAUGCCAGUUCCAGGCUCUGAAGCAAUGUCCCCAUUGCAAAUUACAGAUGAAGACACUGAAGCAAUGUCCAAAGUGCUAAUGACUGCCCUGGCCUCUGGAGAGAUAUCUUCACUGCUAAUGUCAGACACAGACUCGGAAGCGCUAUCCUCACUGAUAAUGUCAGCCCUAGCUUCUGGAGAUACAUCAACCCAGCCAACAAGCACCCGAGACUCUGGGGGAAUGUCCACCCCACUCAUGUCAGACCCAGACUCUGGAGUAAUGUCUUCACUGCUAAUGUCAGCUCCGGACUCUGAAGCAAUGUCCACACCGCUGCUGUCAGUCCCAAAUGCUGGAGAAAUGUCUACAUUGCCAAAGCCAGCCCCAGACACUGAAGUAGUGUCCCCACUGCUAAUGACAGCCCUAACCUCUGGAGUGAUGCCUACCCAACUGAUGUCAGCCCCAGGCUCUGGUGUGAUGUCCCCAUGGGUAACACAAAAUCUGGACUCUGAAAUCAUGUCCACUCCACCAAUGACAGCAACAGCCUCCAGGGUGAUGUCCACACCAUCAGUGAGAGCUGCAGACUCUGGAGCAAUGCCUACACCGCUAAUGAGAGCCCCAGCCUCUGGAAAUAUGUCUACAUUGCAAAAGACAGUCCCUGCCUCUGGAGCAAUGGCCACCCCACUGAUGACAGUUACAAGCUCUGCACCACUGUCCACAGAGCAAAUGCCACCCACAACCUCUAAAGUGAUGUCCACACAGUUAACAAUGACCAAAACUUCUGGAGCAAUGCCCACAGGCUUUAUCAAAACUACAGCCAACAGAGCAAUGUCUACACAGAGCACGAGAGCCCCAGCCUGUGCAAAGAUGUCCACGCCACCAAGGAGAGCCCCAGCCUCUGGAGCAAUGUCCACACAACCAAUUACAGCCGCAGCCACAGCCUCUGGGUCAAUGUACAUGCCCCAAUUGACAGCUCCAGCCUCUGGGUCAAUGUCCAUGCUGCAAAUGAGAACCCCUGUCUCAGGAGCAAUGUCCAUGUCACAAAUGAGAACCACAGCCUCAGGAUUGACAUCUACACCACAAAUGAGAGCUACAGCCUCUGGAGCAAUAGCCACCCCACUAAUGACAGCAAAAUUCUCUGGAUCAACAUCCACACUGUUAAUGACAGACACAGGCUCAGGAGGGAUGUCCAUGCCACCAAUGAGAUCUCCGGCCUCUGGGGCAUUGUCCAAGCCACUAAUGACAUCCAAAGACCCUGGAACAAUGUUUAUGGAGCAAAUGACAACCACAGCUUCUGGAGCAAUGUCCACACUGCUAAUGAGAGACACAGCCUCUGGAGCUCUGUCCAUGCCAGAAAUGACAGACACAGCCUCUGGAGGGAUGUCUACACUGCGAAGGAGAGCCACAGCCUCUGGAGCAAUGUCCAUGCCACCAAUGAGAGCCCCAGGCCCUGGAUCAGUGCCCAUGCCACUGAUGAGAGCCGCAGGUCCUGGAAGGAUGCCCAGUCAGAUGAGCACCCAGGACUCUGGAGGGAUGUCCUCGUCGCUCAUGAGAUCCAUGAGCUCUGGAGGGAUGCAGAUGAGAGCCCCGGCCUCUGACAUGAUGUCCUCACCAAUAAUGAGAGCCCAGGCCUCUGGAGCAAUGAACACACCACUAAUGAGAGGCUCAGACUCUGGAGAGAUGUCCCUGCCACUAAUGUCCCCCCUGGCUUCACAAGAGAUAGCUACACCUCUGAGAGCUCCAGCUUAUGGAGCAAUGUCUGCUCCACAAAUGACAGCCACAGCCUCUGGAAUGAUGUCCAUGCCACGAAGGAAGGCUCCAGUCUCUGGAGCAAUGUCCACACCACUAAUGGGGUACACAGGUUCUGGAGCUCUGACCAUGCCUCAGGUGACGUCCACAGCCUCUGGAGGGAUGUCCAUGCCGCUGAUGAGAACCUCGGCCUCCGGAGUGACAUCUACACCGCAAAUGGUGCCCACAGCUUCUGGAGACAUGUGCACCCUACCAAUGCGAGCUCCAGCCUCUGGAGGGGUGUCUCCACCACUAGUAAGAGCUCCAGCUUCUGGGACUAUGUCCACACCACUAAGGAGACCCUCAGCCUCUGCAGCUGUGCCCACAGAGUUAGUGAGAGCUCCAACCUCUGGAAAGAUGUCCACUGCACAAACAACAGCCAUGGCCUCUGGAGGGAUGUCCAAGCCAUUAAGGAGAUCCUCAGCCUCUGGAGCAAUGCCCAUGCCUUUAAAGUCAGCCAUGGCUUCUGGAGAGAUGUCUAUGCCCCAAACGAAAACCAUGGCCUCUGGAGCCAUGUCUGCAUUGAAAACUAGAGUCAUGAACUCUAGAUCUGUGCCCUUGCCACAGACGACACAUACAGCUUCUGGAAGGAUGACCACACCACCAAUGAGAGCCCCUGCUUCUGGAGCAUUGUCCACGCUGCUUAUGAGAUCCUCAGCCUCUGGAGCGAUGUCCACACCGCAAAUGAGAGCCACAGCCUCUGGAGCUAUGCCCACGCCACUAAGGAGGGCCCCAGCUACUGGAGCAAUGUCCACGCCGCAAACAACCUUUGGGAUGAUGCCCACUCUGGAAAUCAAAGCCACAGACUCUGGAGAGGCAUCUGCCUCUCACAUCAACACCGCCGCCUCUGGAUCAAAGCCUACACCGCACAUGACUGCCAAAACCCCUGAAACUAAGAACCCGCCACCAAAGGAAGUGCCAUCCUUUGGAAUGUUGACCCCAGCACUCUAUUACCUCUUAGAAGAGCAGGAAGCAGCCCGGGGCUCAUGCUCUGUGGAGGAAGAGAUGGAGAUUGAUGAGGAGAAGCAAAUGAAGGGUUUUUUGGACGAUUCAGAGAAAAUGGCAUUUCUGGUGUCUCUUCAUCUGGGGGCAGCAGAGAGGUGGUCCAUCUUGCAGAUGGAGGUAGGAAACCCCCUCUCGGAGGAAAAUAAGUCUUUCCUGAGCAGAUCCCAGGGCUUAUAUGACUCCCUGUCUGAGAUAGACAUCCUCAGUGCUGUUCUCUGCCAUCCUAAGCAGGGCCAGAAGUCAGUCAGGCAAUAUGCCACCGACUUCCUGCUGCUGGCCCGACAUUUGUCUUGGUCUGAUGCCAUUCUACGGACCAGGUUUCUGGAAGGACUCUCGGAAGCUGUUACCACCAAAAUGGGUCGGAUCUUCCUGAAGGUGGCCAGCAGCCUAAAGGAGCUGAUAGACAGGUCUCUCUAUACCGAGUGCCAGCUGGCUGAAGAGAAGGCUUCCUCGGGCAACUCAAGCCAGGUUGUGCCGACAGCCUGCAAGCGGAAUAAUGAGGAGGCCAUGGAGAACGAACUGAGCUCCCAGCAGCAGACAGAGGAGCACCAGCAUGUUUCUAAACGCUGUUACUACCUGAAAGAGCAUGGAGAUCCCCAGGAGAGUCUUCAUGACCACCUUGGACAGAGCACAGGCCGGCAGAAGGCCCCCACCAAUAAGUAAUGCUCCGUGGACUCUUGUCCUGUGAUAUCUGACCCAGCUGCUAACUUGAGGACUGGAUCCUGGACCCAUUCCAUUCAACUACAUCAGAAACCUUGUUGCCUUCACCCUUCAGCCUCCCGCUCCAGGGACAUCCCACCCUAUCUUUCACUUGGCUGACUUGACCUUCUAUUUCACCCACAUGCCUGUGACCUGCCCUGACAAUCAGAAUGUGGACUACAAGAGCAUAUGGUGUAUGAGGUUCUGAACUCCCAGCUUCAUUGAGGCCAGUCUUAGUUCUUGGUCCAGGGAGAAGUCUAGGCAGGAGAAAUCAUGUCCUACCUCAGAAACACCUUAGAGUAUUUUGCCACGUAUCAUCAGGCAAACUUGAGGAAGUCCUGGUUCCAUUUCGCCUGGCAGGGGAGCCUAUAAGGAGAGUGAUGCCCACUCCUAUCCUACCCUUUUAAUCCAGUAGACUUCCCCCUCUAUGCCCCAACUCAUAGCACCUAAAAUGGGUCUCCAGGGCCCUUGCCCUGUUUAUAGUCUCCAUCCUGAACCAUUCGUUUUGACCCAUAGUAAUAAUAAUAGUGAUAGUAAUGACUAACAGUUAUUGAUAAUGUACCAUGUGACAGGCACCAGGCUAAACUCUUAACAAGCACCAUCUCGCUACAUUCUUACAGCAACCCAACUUGCUCUUGUGUUGUAAGCUUCUGACCUCUUGAUCUGUGGCUCUUAUCUGGUCCCUCUGUGUGGAAUCUAUAGCUCUGACCUCUGGGUGAACCCCUCAGUUGUUAAUUGCCCUCACUUUCCUUGGCUUUUGUGCUUCAUGGCCAGCAGUCUUGAUGAGGGGCUUGGUCUCCAAACAGGCACAGAUAGUUAGAACAUAAUGUGAGCAGUGUUGGCCUUCAGGUGGUGGGGUUAUGGGUGUUUCUUAUUUUCUUCUUUCUACUGCUCUGCACUUUCCAGAUUCUCUACAGCAAGCAUGUACUACAUUUGUAAUCGUAAAAGCAAAUAAAAUUCAUUUACGAAAAAAGAA